AUGCCAUUUCUUGGUUACAGCGUCAAUCUGUUCGAAACCACACAAAUGGUAUGCUGCCCGAAAAAUGCUAGCAGUGGAGCGUGUCCUCAAAUGAUGAAAAUGAGGUACUACUUCAAUGUGGCGCUACAGACAUGUUCUCCGUAUUCCUCAAACGGAUGUGACACGUCGCUGAACUCAUUCAAAACAAUAGUCGAAUGUGAGGAGUUCUGUCAGAGUGCCGGAUGUAAAGCGGGAGAUACCGUCUACAAGGAUCCCAACACCAAUCGGCCGUUUUUGUGCAAUACCGGCUUGCACAACAAUUGUCCGACAAACUACGAAUGCACUCUGAACACACUUACUCAAGAACACGUAUGUUGUGGAUCCGACAGCAUGGGAGUCUGCCCAAUCGGCGAAAAGGCGUUUGUGGAGCCGAUUACAUCAGCACCCAGACAAUGUGCAAUGGCCGCCGAUAGAAAAUGCCCAGCUGGGUAUUUAUGUCGAUUCUCGCAGAACAAUCAUAAAUACUACUGUUGUGGGAGUAUCAGUGGAAAUGUGUGUCCAGCUGGUCGGGCGCUCUUCCGCUACCCGACGACACAGCUACCAUUACAGUGUCACAUAACUCCUGGUGGAGGUGGCUGCCCUCCUACAUUCUCCUGCCAAAGCGACGUGCCAAACGCUUUCCAGGGUUACUGUUGUAGCCAACAUCCGAUUUGCCCAGGAGGAGUCGCUUACCACCUCGACGAGAAGUCGCAAAUGCCCACCACCUGCUCCAGUGAAGGUUUCGCCUUAUGUCCACGGGUCAGAAUCGAAUUCUACUAG